CGACCAAGACUCCAAUCCCCCCGAACCACCACCCAAACGCGAACACAAACCCGCCCCUUCCUCUCCUCCCUCUUCCCCUCCGGCGACAACAACAGCCCCAAAGACCGCAUCCUCACCGCCACCCGCAGCCUCCCCUACGCGCCGUCCGGCCUCUUCGACGUCAUCUCCUCCGUCGAGCUCUACUCCGACUUCCUCCCCUUCCUGUCCGCGUCGACCGUCACGCACCGGGACCCGGAGACGGGGUAUCCGACGCGCGCGUUCCUGACGGUCGGCUACGGGCCUGUCAGCGAGACGUUCACGUCGAAGGUGGACUGCGACGCGAAGAACUGGGUGGUUGAGGCGCGCAGCGGGGCGAAGUUCGGGGUGGAUUCGAAGGAUGGGCAGGGGCUGUUCGGGGGGAUCUUUCCCGGUGAGAAUGAGGGGAUCUUUGAGUAUUUGAGCACGAGGUGGGAGUUGGUGCCUGAGAAUGAGGGAUGGACGACAGUGCGGUUAAGGAUCGAGUUCGAGUUUAAGAGUCAGUUGCAUGCGGCGAUGAUGGGGGCUGUGGAGCAGCAGAUGGCGACGGCGAUGAUUGAUGCGUUUGAGCAGAGGAUUAAGCAGGUA